AUGAUUUUUUUAUUUCAGAUUAUUCUCAUCAACAUAAAGUUUGUAAGAUGUGAAUGGAUACCUCUAGGAGUAUACUUGACAGCUGUCAAGAAUUAUAGUGGUGCAGAUACAGAUGAAUUUAUGAAAAUAGAUGGAAAACUAUCUUAAUAUAUUAAUUGUAAUAGAGAAGGCAGCUAUAUCGUGUUAAACACAACAUAAAGUGAAGUUUAACAAAAAAAUCCAUUCAGUUGGAAUUCAUAUAUGUUUUUUGUGACUUUUGACUUAAUUUUUUUUUAACAUUGGACAGAUUAAGAUUAUGUAAAUUAUUCAUUAGGAUAAACUACAUAAAGCUUUAAUUAUAAUUCUAAUUAAGUUCCACGAUAGUAGAGUUAAUUUUGUGAAAAUCAAUUUGCCUAGUAUUAAACCUUUAAUAUGACAGUCAAUACUACUAAUGUUUAUGGUUACCAUAAGUUUAGUGCUUCAACAAGUACAGGAAGUGUUGCAAUAAAAAAUCUUAUUAUUUUAGGACUAAGAUGUUCCCCAAAUUGUAAAACUUGUUAUGGUGAAUCUUUUAAUUAAUGUUCAUCAUGUUCUAAUGGCGAUAGCAAUGUUAAUGAUUGCAAAAUAUAAUGUACACCUGAAAAACCUUUUUUCGUUAAUAAUUAAGGAUGUUUUAAAUAGUGUCAGAUUGAGUAAUCACUACAUUUCAAAGGGUCAUGUGUUACGUAUCCAAGUAAUACAUUUUCAUUAUAUAUAGUUACCUAUUUUAUGAAUCUAAAUAUAAACUAAUAUAAAACUACAUCAUAAUAUAGAUGGUAAUAAAUUUAUGAUAAAGAAAACCUUUAAUUCGAAACUUUAACUAACAUAGCUUUCGAACAUUAUUACAUAUAUGGAAUAUUCAAAUAUAAUUAAGGUUAUUAGAGCGUUAUAAAUUUGACUAAUAAUGAUGGGUUAUACUUGAUUGGAAUAAAAAUAGAACUAAUAUUAUUUAAUAGAAUGCCUACGAUGAGUAGUAUUUCUUUAUUAAUAAAUGAAACAUAUUAGGCACAUAUUUAUAAUGAUGGAAGUGGACUAAAAUUCUAUUAAUUUAAUCUUCAAUAUGAAAAUAAAAGGAAUAAUAUAUCUUAUUCAAAUAUUGAAUACAAUGAUAACUAUUAUUAUACAUUAUAUAUGUAUGCAAAUGUUUCUAGUAAUUUUAUUAUUAAAUUACUUGGAAAUUAUCCUAAGUAACAGCAAUCUAUUUAUCAUAUAGAUCAUCUAAUGCUGGUUGGGGGAUUAGAACAAUUUAGAUAACAUCAGGAUAAUGUCCAUAAUAUUGUUUAUAAUGUAAAUCUUAGUUUCAGUGUUCAGUAUGUCAAUAAUACUAUUUGAUAUCGAAAUCUGGAACUUGUAGUACUUGUAAUGGUAUCUAUUAAUAAAAAAUUAAUAAUACUCAUUGUUAAGAUAUUGAUGAUUAAACUCCAUGUAAAUCAAUUUAUACAUUAUUAGAUUCUGAAUACCUUGUGAAAGAAUUCAUAGAUUUUUCCAUAAACCCUGUAACAUAUCAAUUAUAUACAUUAUUAUAUUAAAAUGGAACUAAUUUCCUAAAGGGUGAAGGAAUAUUUUAUUCUAUUUGGAAACAAAAAUUUAGAAUAUUUGGAGGACCAUAUAUUUGGGCAUAAGCAAAGUUUUAAAGAAUAUAUGAAAUAACACGUCCUCAUUAUAGUAUAUCUAUAAUCUUUAUAAUAAUAUUUGGUCCAAAUUUUCCUGAAAAUGGAUAAUUUAUUUUUUGCUUAGAUAAUUAAGUUUAAUUUGAGAUCACAUCUAUUGAUCAAGAAAUAGUAGUUGACUAUUUAUAUUUACAUAAUAAUGAUACUUUAAUUGUGGAGUUGGAAUGUAAGGGUCCAGAUAAUGAACCAAUUUAGGCAUAUUGUGGAUUUUAUUAAUACUAUCUAACUGUAAAUUAUUGUAAACCUGGUUGUAAUGGAUAAUGUACUAACUAAAAUGAUUGUUCAGAAAAUGUUGCUACUUAAACCUGUUAAGAUGAUUAAUAUUUAGAUAUCUAUAAAAAUGAAUGUAGGUAAUGUUAACCUAAUUGUUAAAAAUGUACUUCAUUAUAAAAUUGUCAAGAAUGCAGAAAUGGCUAUACAGAUCCUUCUUUAGGCUGUAUUUGUGGUAUAAAUAAAUUCGAAGAUUAUAAUGGGUGCUAAGAUUGUUCUUAAGAUUGUAAUUAAUGCAUAAAUUUAUAAUUCUGUUUAGAAUGUAAGACAGGUACUUUUAAAGUUCUAAUGAAUAAUUAAUGUGUUUGUUAAGAAGGUUACUUUAAUGAUUCAUCUAUAUGUAGUAUAUGCAAAGAAAAUUGUAAAAAAUGUACAAGUUUAUCAGAUUGUAGUGAAUGUUUUGAAGGAUAUUAAAAAACAUCUUCUGAUGAAUGUCAAUUGGAUUCAUAAUUUUAUUAUUCUAGUGAUCUUUAAAAGUUAUUUAGUUGUGCUACUUUUAAUGAUAAUUGUAAUCCUUGUUAAUCUAAUGUUGAUAAUUGUACUUGUGGUGAUUUAAUAAUAUAUAAUAAUGAAGAUUGCGAUGAUGGCAACGAAAUAAUGUAUGAUGGUUGUCACAAUUGUUAAUAUUAAUGUUAAUAAUAGUGUACGAAGUGUAUAAAUGGUAAAUGUUUUGAAUGUGCGAUAUUGGGAUGGUAUUUGGAUACCAUUACAUAAACUUGUAAAGAAUAGUGUUAUGAUAAACUUAAAGUUGGAAAUGAAUAAUGUGAUGAUGCUAUUAAUAAUUCUAAUUGUAAAGAUUGUAAAUAUUUUUGUAAACCCGAUUGCUAAUAAUGCAAUUUUAAUAAUGGUACAUGUUUAAUUUGCAGAGAAGGAUUACUUGCUAAAGACAAUUAUUGUUAUAAUGUAUGUGGAGAUAGUAUAAUUGUAUCAGCUCCAGAUGUUAAAGCGAUUGAAGAAUGUGAUGAUGGUAAUAAAGUGGAAUUUGAUGGUUGUAAUAAUAAAUGCUAAUUUUAAUGUUAAAUAAAUACUAUUUGUGCAAUUUGUUAGAAUCGUUAAUGCUAAUAUUGCUAAUAUGGCUAUUUCCUUAAUAAAAUGAUGAACAAAUGUGAUUGUGGUUUAUCUUGUCUUACUUGUGAUUAUUCUAAGGGAUUAGGAUGUAUAGAAUGCUAAUAUGGUUAUGAAUUAAGGAAUUAAAUUUGUUAUCCAAUUUGUGGUGACUCUUACAUUACUUUUCAUGAAGAAUGUGAUGACGGUAAUAUGAAUAUUGAAGAUGGAUGUCAUUAGUGUUUAUAUACAUGUGAAUAAACAUGUCAAUUUUGUUUAUUCGGAGUUUGUUUAGAAUGUUAUGAAGAUUAUUAAUUAUAAAAUGAAAGAUGUAUAUUAAUAAUUAAUUCGUAUUUGGAUAAUAGUGAUAGAGAGAGUAAAUUUCAAAAUAGUAUGCCUCAAUUAUUUUAUUAGGAAUAUUAAGAUUAUUAUGUUAUUGAAUAAUUCAAUGAUUUUAUCUAGAAGGAUACUUAUUAUCUUGAUUAAUUGUAUAUGUUAUAUAGAAUAAGAAUUGAUGUUCAAAAAUAUUAUAUUAAUAGAAUUGAUAUAAUAAUAAAUGAUAAUCAUAUUGAAAAAGAUGAACUAAUUUGUCCAAUAAAUUGUUCAGAUUGUAUCCAUGGUUCUUGUAUCUCUUGCACAUUAGGAUACAAUUUAGAUUUAGUUAAUAAUUUAUGUAAUGCUGUUUGCGGUGAUCAAUAUAUAACAAUUGAAGAAUUAUGUGAUGAUGGAAAUAACAUUAUUUAAGAUGGUUGUUUCUAAUGUAAAUAUCAAUGUUAAGAUGAAUGUACAAAUUGUCAUUAUGGUAAAUGUAAAGAAUGCAUUCAAUCUUACUAUUAUGAUAUCAAGAAAGAAAGAUGUGUAGAAAGGACAAUCUGUAUAGAAUCAUAAGGAUAUUAUUAUGAUGAUAAAUAAAAUAUUUGUUAUUCAAAAUGUGGAGAUAAUAUUAAAGCAGGAAAAGAACAAUGUGAUGAUGGUAAUGAUAUUCCUUAUGAUGGAUGUUAUUAAUGUAAAUAUCAAUGUGAAUAAUUAUGUGAGAUUUGUUAAUAAGGUAAAUGUGUAAAUUGUUAAAUUGGUUAUAAAUUAUCAAUACAAAAUUCUAAUUGUGUAAAUGAUUGUGGGGAUGGAUUAAUAAAAGAUAUUGAAUAAUGUGAUGAUGCCAAUUCUAUAGUAAGAGAUGGAUGUACUAAUUGUCUUAUUGAUCCUGGAUAUAAUUGUUUAACAUUAAAUAAUAAAAGUUUUUGUUACACAUGUAAAUCUAAUUGUAUUUAAUGUGAGUAUGUUAAUGGUCAAAUAAAUUGUAUAAAUUGUUAAAAAGGAUAUUUCUUAACAAGUAAUGAAUGUGUUAAAUGUUCAGAUUAAUGUGAAGAAUGUAAAGAUAGUCCUAAUAAUUGUACUAAAUGUAUAUUUGAAAAUUGUAAAAAAUGUGAUAAUAAAUAAGGAUUCUAUAGUGAUUUUAAUCUUAAAAAAUGUAUUACUAAAUGUGGUGAUUUAAUAGUUGCUGAUAAAGAAUAAUGUGAUGAUGGCAAUAAAAUUAAUAAUGAUGGAUGUAAUUCUUAAUGUGAAAUUGAAUAAGGAUUUACAUGUUACAAUAAUCUUUGUAAAAAGAUUGAAUAAAAAUAUAUAGAAUUUAAUUAUUCCAAUAACACUUCUACUAAUUGUUUACAUUUAAAGGGUGAAGUAGAUUUUAAACUAAUUUGUCCUAAAAUUACUAUUGAAAUAGAUUACUUUUAACCAAAUGAAUUCAAUUACACAUUAACUCCUUUUGAGAUCAAUUAAGCUAAGUAUGGAUGUGAAAUCUCAUUUGAAUUCUUUAAAACAAUAAUAGAAAACAAUCUAAUCCAUUUGAUAAUCCCAAUAAAUAAUAAUGAUGGAUCAAGACUUUUAGAAGAAUACAGAAUUACCAUUAUUCCAAGAAAAUAGAUUUAUUACAAUUAAUAAGAAAAAUAAUAAGCAUAAAUGAUUGCUGCAACAUCCAAUUAAUUGUAACUCCUCCUCUAAUUAAUUGGUCCAUUAUCAAUCAUCCUUGGAGGUGUUUCCUUUUUUUGGACUAUCCUAGAAAUCCUUACUUGGAUUAAUAAUUUCUAUUUUCUCAAUAUUGAAUAUCCUCUUAAUGUCAAAAUAUUCUUUUAACAAUUUCAAUGGGAUGAUAUUUUCUAGAUUCCAGAUUUAAUUCCCUUUAAUACACCAAAUGAUCCAUUUUAUUUUUAAGCUCCAAAAAAAUUUCAAGAAAAAAAUGUUAAUCCAUUAUUUAUUAAAAACAUUCAAAUAUUUAUUUGCUUAAUUUUAAUUGCUAUCAUAAUCUAUUUCAUAUCAUAUGCAAUUAUUGCAUUAUUCAAAAUAAAGUUAAAAACCAAUCUAUAAUAGAGUCAUAAAAUUUAUAUUUUUACAAAAUGUAAUAAUUUAUAAGAAAAUUAACAAUCUACAUAGAAGGGUAAAUAAUUAUUUUAAAAGAUACAAGAACUUCCCUAAUUUGCAGUUAUUAUUUUUAGAACUGCUCUUGAAUAUUAACAAAACUUUUGGUCUAAAAUCAAUUCUAUUAUAAAUUUACUACUUUUAGAUUUAUUUAUGGCAUGCAUCCUAUAAUUAUCUUGUCCAAAAACCCAUUAUCAUUAUAUUAUCAUAAUUAACAAUUUUUUAGCUGUAUGCUUUUUAAUACUUACUUUAAUAAUUUAUUAUAUUUAUGUUUAUGUCAGCUCUAAACAUUAGAUACUUUUGAAUCAUUCACUAUUCAAAAAGAAAUACUUAUCAAUUUAUGAAGUACUUAAUUUGUAAAAUAAUACUGCCAUGCAAUAUUGUUACUUUAAUCUAAUCAGAAAAUUCUCUUUUAUUAUCUUUAUUGUAUUAUUAUACGACAAACCAAUAUUAUAGACAACUUUUUGUUGUCUGUCAUGCUUUAUGAAUCUGGCAUUUUUGUUUUAUUAAAAUCCUUUUAAUUCAAAAAGUAUAUUUAUUUAAACAGGAAUUCCUGAAUUUUGCAUUUUCUUUAUUGUAUCAUUAGCAGUGUUAAUAGCAUUUGAUGAUAUGAAUAAUAUACUAACUGUAAACUAAAAGUAAAUGAUUGGGUGGAUAAUUAUUAUUCUCAUGUCGAUAUCAAUUUUAGUCUAAUUGAUAUUUUUGAUGAUUGAAUUUUUUUCUAGAAUCAAAUCAAAUUGUGAAACCCUUAAAAACAUUAUUUGCCCAUCAAAAAAGUAAUCAUGA